AUGAGCGGAGGACGUCUGCAGCACUUGCUGCAGCCGCUUCGCGACUUGAGUAAAAACUGGAACAUCGACUUGGCUACCGAAUUAGAGGACUAUAUGGACAAAUUAGAGACGCUGAGCAUCGCGUUUGACCCGGAAAGUGGCAGUGCCCAAAUCUCGAGAGAUGGAGAAGGAGGGGCCACUGGAGUCAUGAACUUUGCUGAAGCUGCGCUGCUGAUCCAGGGCACGAGUCUCAUCUACAGUCGGAAAGUCGAGUAUCUCCAUGCUUUAGUGUACCAGACUCUGGCUCACUUGUCCCAGCAACAGGACGAUAACCAGCAGAGUCAGGAGCGUGGGAAAAGAGGUACUGGAGAGACCCAGGAGGACGAAAAUGGAGCUGCUGCUAGUGUGUUGGACACGGCUUUGCUGCUUUAUGACGAGCUUGAGGAAGCAAAGCCGUCGCAUAUUACGCUCAAGAGCGCAGUAGCUGGAGAUGGAGAGUGUGACGGUCGUGGAGGAGGGAGGAAGAGGAAAGAGGCCAAGGCGCUGCAUCGGAGCAAGAACAAUAUGGAAGCGUCGAUUGCAUUGAUGGGGUCACUAGUGCCGGAUGAACGCGACCAUGGCGAAACGUACAAGCUGCUGUCGUGUAACUUGCAUGCAAGUGGCGUGCUGCUACUGGACGAAGCGAGCAAAAAGUAUCUUGGCGCGCAGCAGCGAGUUGUUGAGUCAGCGUUUGGAGAGACGCCGGGACGGUACGGCGGUAUGUGGGUGGCUGCAGAUGGAGAUGAACCGGCGACUGCGCUGAAUUUCGACGAUAUGGAUGCGAACGAUAAUAACGACAACGACGAUGAUGCAGGGAUGAUGAAUCCAUUCGACAAGCAGCCGGACUACGAGUUUGACGCUGGUGAAUCGAUGCAGGACGCAUGCAUGGAGAAUGCUCGAGAUGACGCACAGCAGCAGAGGAAUGCAGUUCACGAGAACUCGUCUCGCGCUGCAGUGACCGCGAUGCCAGUGAGUGAGAAGGACCCGUGGGCUCCACUGGAUGCGUAUGAUGCCAGCACAUCGGUGGCACGCCCGUUCAAGAAGGGACGGUCGUACCCACGAGUACCGGCAUACAAGAAAUCGAAAACGAGGUCUGGAGCGUUGGGCAACAAGCAAGGGGUUGUAGGUGUGGAGGACGAUGCAGAGCAAGAUGGUCUGUCCAACCCGGCGUUCCAUGAUCGCUUUUUCAUGGGAUCGAACGGAAUGCAGUGGGCAUCGUGGGUCUGGUCAGAAACAGCAAGUGAAAAUCCGCUAGAGAAAGCUUGUCGAAAGAUGUUCUGCCGGACCCCGCUUCUUGCAAAAAGCUGCGAUGCACUCUGGCAGCGUGAGGCGAAGUGGCGUAGUCUUAUGCGUCGUUGCGAAGCCCGCGAGAAACAGAGUGCACAAGCCAUGCUGUUGCGUGAGCAGGCCAUGGAAGAGGAGGAAGCGGUCGAUGAACACGAUCAGAUGCGAGCCUUUGUGCUGUCUACUGGAACGGCGCGCUUGGGCAUGGCUUUCCGGAACGAUGCGAGUGGCAACAGAGAUGACGAGGACGGUGACGACAAUGACUAUAAUGAUGGGUUUGAUGGAGGCGACGUAGAUCAAGUACAUGUUAUGGACGAGAUGAUGAGAUCGUAUGAGGCUGAGGCGGCUGCGAGUUCUUUCGAUGGGCCGCUCACGUAUGAGGAGAUCUGCAGACAGCAUUUGGCGUCUUUUAUGUCCGGUACGGAGAAAUAUGUCCGAGAGACGGAUCUGAGCAAGCAAGUGAGUGACUGGCAAGAGAAGCUGACGCCAUUGCUGAAGCAGCAGGACGCACACCCGCCUUUUGAUAUCCAUCACUAUGGUCGAGAAAUUAUUGGGCGUCUAGAAGAGGAACACAAGAGCUUCAGUCUCGAUAAGCUGAGUGGAUCAUCAAUGCGUGAGAAGUUGAAACGUGCUAGGCUUAAUGUGGUGUCCGAGGAAGAGGAAGAAGAGCGGGACACGGUGCCGUUUGAGACUCUGGUGGAUGGCAAAAGUCAGUUUGAGGUAUGCCGUCUCUUUUUGGCUUCGCUGCAGCUUGCAAACAGCGGCAAUGUGUCACUGCUGCACGCGCAUACUACAGCUGAGCAUGAGCAGGUGCCAUUUGAAAUGCAGCUACUCACGAGUGCCAACACUUAUGGCGCCUUACAAGCGUAA